CUUUAUCAACAAGUAAUGAGGAUUUUAACACCCACAGCUCGUCUGACUGUGAGUCCCAGCAGCUCUCAGUUCUUUAAAGGAGACUUUGUGUCUCUGAGCUGUGAGGAGGACGACAGCUCUGCUGGAUGGACUCUGAGGAGAAACACAAGCAAACAACAGAGGACUCAGAGGUGUGGAGAUGGGUGGGGAAGAUGGUCUGGUUCUUCCUGUAGCAUCAGUAACACAUAUCAAGUGGACAGUGGAGUUUACUGGUGUGAGUCCAGAGAGGGUCCCAUCAGUAACAUGGUUAACCUGACAGUCACUGGUGGAUCAGUGAUCCUGCAGAGUCCUGUCCUCCCUGUGAUGGAGGGAGAUCACGUCACUCUGCUCUGUAAAAACAAGACUGGUCCCUCCAACCUCACAGCUGCUUUCUAUAAAGAUGGCUCCCUCAUCAGGAAGCAGCCUACAGGUCACAUGACCAUCCAGCAUGUUUCCAGGUCUGAUGAAGGCCUCUACAAGUGUGACAUCAGCGGUCAUGGAGAGUCUCCAUCCAGCUGGAUCACUGUCACAGACAAACACACCACCACACCUCCACCUACAUCCACACCUCCUGGUUCUACCUCUGUCACUCUUCCUGCAUCACUUUCUCCUGCUGUUGUCUGCGUUUUGUCAGUUUUUGGAUCAGUCUGUGUUAUGGUCAUGCUGGUUUUACUAAUUCUACUGGUGAGGCGAUUUGUUCACAGAAAGCCUGAAGAAGAUGACAUCAGAGAUGAUAUCAGAUACAGUGAAAUCAAAAUCUCAAAUCCUCAUCAACAGCCAAUGAGGCGGCGUAAAGAGACUGAUCCAGCUGCAGUCUACUCAGCAGUGAGAACUGAAGACGUCAGUUAUGGACAAAUCACCAUCAAAGAGAAGCAAAGAAAGUCAAAGAAAAUAGAGUGUGAUCCAGCUGGAGUCUACUCAUCAGUGCGAACUGGAGACGUCAGUUAUGGACAAAUCACCAUCAAAGACAAGAAAAACAGAUCAAGGAACAGAGCCAGUGGACGGAAAUCUGGAGGUGAUGACAUCACAUACAGUGACCUCAAAAUAUUACAUCACCACCUGCAGCCAACCAACCGGAGCAGAGAGCUUCCAUCAAAUCCAAAUGUUGUCUACUCCUCACUGAAGAAAUCUGCUAGUCCAACCUAAUAACCAGCUGCUGGUCCACACAGGCCCUCAGACCAGAGGGCUGUCAGUAUAAAACAGAUGUGUAUGUAUUUUGUUUCAUCUCUUCAUUGAAUGCACUCACAAAACUGCAGACAGACAAAGAAAACUGAAUGGGUGAUGAGACAUUUUUGUAAAGAAGCUCAAAAAUU